CCGCCUCCUCUCCCUUCGUCCCCUCGUCACGAAAGGACGGGUGACGGGUGGUCCGCUUCUCCUCACCUUCCCUUACAUCUGCUCUUAGGGUUCGUUUACUCGGUCAGCGCCAGAUUUCAUCGCGUCUAUGAUUUCAUCUGCUUGUUUAGCUCAAAGAUUGCCAAUGUCGGUGAUGAGUCGUCGUUGUGUCGAUUGAUCCUCGCGGAGGCAUUCCGGCGAUUCUGUUCUUGGGUUGUACUGCGACCACCUAAGUUUAUUUGUCUCCUAUUAAUUAUUAGAAGAAGAGAUGGCUGGUUCUUUGGUUCAGUCGGCAGUUCUUCCUGCUGUCAUCAUGAACAGGAGCCACAGUCAGCUUCAAGGUUCUGGAAAGGCUAAAAGGGGUGCCAGAAUGAUAUGCCAGCUGCAAAUGCAUCCCUUAAGACUGCAAGGGUUUGCAGGCUUGCGAGUUGCAGAUAACUUGUUCUCUUCAAGACAUCGACAGGAUUUUCAUUCAGUGGUUUCAGGAUAUAUAACUAACCCACGGGGAAGACCCAGUCGAUUAGUCACCAAAGCUAUGUUUGAGCGAUUCACGGAGAAGGCAAUUAAAGUUAUCAUGCUUGCUCAAGAAGAGGCAAGACGUCUAGGCCACAACUUUGUUGGAACAGAGCAAAUAUUGUUAGGCCUUAUUGGUGAAGGGACUGGUAUUGCCGCAAAAGUUUUGAAAUCAAUGGGAAUUAGUCUUAAGGAUGCCCGUGUGGAAGUGGAAAAGAUUAUUGGAAGGGGAAGUGGAUUUGUUGCUGUCGAGAUACCUUUUACACCACGUGCAAAGCGCGUUUUAGAACUAUCUUUAGAGGAAGCUCGUCAACUUGGUCAUAAUUAUAUAGGAUCUGAGCAUUUGCUUCUUGGGCUUCUUCAUGAGGGUGAAGGUGUAGCUGCUCGUGUGCUUGAGAGUCUUGGAGCUGAUCCAAGCAACAUACGAACCCAGGUAAUUCGAAUGGUUGGUGAAAGCACUGAAGCUGUAGGUGCCGGGGUUGUGGGGGGAAGCAGUGGCAAUAAAAUGCCUACUCUUGAGGAGUAUGGAACUAAUUUGACAAAGUUGGCUGAGGAGGGCAAACUUGAUCCAGUUGUUGGCAGGCAGGAGCAGAUAGAACGUGUUACACAAAUUCUUGGAAGGCGUACGAAGAACAAUCCUUGCCUUAUUGGGGAGCCCGGUGUUGGAAAGACUGCCAUUGCAGAAGGACUUGCCCAGCGUAUAGCUAAUGGAGAUGUUCCAGAAACAAUCGAAGGAAAAAAGGUGAUUACCCUUGAUAUGGGGCUUCUUGUCGCUGGUACUAAAUAUCGUGGAGAGUUUGAAGAAAGAUUAAAGAAGUUGAUGGAUGAAAUUAAACAAAGUGAUGACAUAAUACUCUUCAUUGAUGAAGUACAUACAUUAAUUGGAGCAGGAGCAGCAGAAGGUGCUAUAGAUGCUGCCAAUAUCUUGAAACCAGCUCUUGCAAGAGGUGAACUGCAGUGUGUUGGAGCGACAACACUCGAUGAAUACAGGAAACAUAUUGAGAAAGAUCCUGCUCUGGAAAGACGUUUUCAACCUGUAAAAGUACCAGAACCAACAGUAGAUGAAGCAAUUCAAAUUCUUAGAGGGCUUCGUGAAAGAUAUGAGAUUCACCACAAACUCUGUUACACUGAUGAAGCUAUAGUUGCUGCUGCUCAGUUGUCCUUUCAAUAUAUUAGUGACCGCUUCUUGCCUGAUAAAGCAAUUGACUUGAUUGAUGAAGCUGGUUCUCGUGUUCGGCUUCGUCAUGCAAAGCUUCCUGAGGACGCCAGAGAACUUGACAGAGAGCUAAGGCAGAUUACAAAAGAAAAAAAUGAGGCGGUCCGCAGCCAAUAUUUUGAAAAGGCAGGGGAGCUGCGUGAUCGGGAGAUGGAGCUUAAGGCUCAGAUCUCAGCCCUAAUUGACAAGGGGAAAGAGAGAAGCAAAGCGGAGAGCGAGGCUGGUGUUUCAGGUCCUGUGGUGACAGAAGCAGACAUCCAGCACAUUGUGUCUUCCUGGACUGGAAUUCCUGUGGAGAAAGUCUCCACCGACGAGUCUGACCGCCUCCUCAAGAUGGAAGAAACCCUCCACAAGCGUGUCAUUGGCCAGGACGAGGCUGUCAAAGCUAUAAGCCGUGCCAUCCGGCGAGCUCGUGUCGGUCUCAAGAAUCCCAACCGUCCAAUUGCCAGCUUCAUAUUUUCUGGUCCAACUGGUGUUGGUAAAUCAGAGUUGGCAAAGUCACUAGCCUCCUAUUAUUUUGGCUCUGAGGAAGCCAUGAUCCGACUGGACAUGAGUGAAUUCAUGGAGAGGCACACCGUAUCCAAACUCAUCGGAUCCCCACCUGGUUAUGUUGGUUACACCGAGGGUGGUCAACUUACUGAAUCUGUUCGUCGUCGCCCUUAUACAGUUGUUCUCUUUGACGAGAUAGAGAAAGCCCAUCCUGAUGUUUUCAAUAUGAUGCUUCAGAUUUUAGAGGAUGGGAGGUUGACCGAUAGCAAAGGGCGAACAGUAUCUUUUAAGAGUACCCUCCUGAUCAUGACCUCCAAUGUCGGGAGUAGUGUGAUCGAGAAGGGAGGGCGUAGAAUUGGUUUUGAUCUCGACUAUGAUGAGAAGGACAGCAGCUACAACCGAAUCAAGAGCCUUGUCACGGAAGAGUUGAAGCAGUACUUCCGGCCAGAAUUCCUGAACAGGCUAGACGAAAUGAUCGUCUUCCGACAGCUUACAAAACUGGAGGUCAAGGAGAUUGCUGAUAUAAUGCUCGAGGAGGUAUUUGACAGGCUGAAAGGGAAGGAUAUAAAACUUCAAGUGACGGAGAGAUUUAAGGAUAGGGUGGUGGAGGAAGGUUACAACCCAAGUUAUGGGGCUAGGCCCCUUAGAAGAGCCAUAAUGAGACUACUGGAGGAUAGCUUGGCUGAGAAAAUGCUAGCCAGGGAGAUUAAGGAGGGAGACUCGGCAAUUGUGGAUGUCGACUUCGAUGGGAACGUUACAGUUCUCAGUGGUGGGACUGGUACGCCGGAAUCAACACCUGAAGCCAUUCCCAUAUAGAAUCAACAACAUCAUCUGCAUCUCUGUGGUGAAAUGCCAAGCUGCAGGUUACUAAUCCUUGUAGAAGCAGCAGGUAAAGUGUUGCUGCUCAAUUUCUUACACCGUUUGAUCUUCAUGUUUACGACAUCCAGUCCCGUUCCUAUGGCAGGGCAUUAAUAGGAAAAAAAAUUUCGACAAAAACCAGAUGGCAGGUUGUCUUCAAAAGAUUUAAAAUAGUUUGGACCAAAUUUAAUUGUUUUAGCCAAAACUGGCUGUGACACUUUUGUGUGAUUCAUGUUCUCAUACAUCUGUAUCUGCUGGCCUUUCCUUCCUAUUAAUGUGUUUUCAUUACAUGAAGUAAUUACUUGGAAUCCA